AUGUUUUUUUCUGAUGAAUCUCGUGAUUAUGUUUGUUUCAUAUCUAGUGCAUUAGAUUAGAUAAUUUAGUUACCGUUGUCGUAAGAUAAAAUUCAAAGGACAGAAUUUUAUUUGUACCUACAUUAAAAUCAUUGGUGGUACAUUACUACGCUUUGUCUUUCCUUGUUUAGUUAAUCUGGAAAGGAAAACCCAGAGUUAAGAGCAAUCUGCCCGAUUGUCCGCUGGCGUGACUCAUAGCUCGCAUGUCGGAUACGAGUUGGGUGAGAACUGGGAAACGUUUCGCGCGCACAGUGCUCAGUUUUACAGUAGUUGAGUCGAUCAGUGAUACACAGUCAGUGGGGCGACGGCGGCCAGUGUAGUGAAGCGCAGUCAGCGCUGUGUCAUCAUUGUUAUUGUUCCAUUAUUGCUUACAAGUGAUGUUCGAGUCGAACGAGCUCGAUGUCGACGACUUUUUUAAGGACUCUCGUCACGGGCCGCGCGGGCCCCCCAUGGAGCUGCUAUGGUGGCUGGGUUGCAACAAGUGACGUGUGUGUGUGUGUAGGACUCUCGUCACGGGCCGCGCGGGCCCCCCAUGGAGCUGCUAUGGUGGCUGGGUUGCAACAAGUGACGUGUGUGUGUGUGUAGGACUCUCGUCACGGGCCGCGCGGGCCCCCCAUGGAGCUGCUAUGGUGGCUGGGUUGCAACAAGUGACGUGUGUGUGUGUGUAGGACUCUCGUCACGGGCCGCGCGGGCCCCCCAUGGAGCUGCUAUGGUGGCUGGGUUGCAACAAGUGACGUGUGUGUGUGUGUAGGACUCUCGUCACGGGCCGCGCGGGCCCCCCAUGGAGCUGCUAUGGUGGCUGGGUUGCAACAAGUGACGUGUGUGUGUGUGUAGGACUCUCGUCACGGGCCGCGCGGGCCCCCCAUGGAGCUGCUAUGGUGGCUGGGUUGCAACAAGUGACGUGUGUGUGUGUGUAGGACUCUCGUCACGGGCCGCGCGGGCCCCCCAUGGAGCUGCUAUGGUGGCUGGGUUGCAACAAGUGACGUGUGUGUGUGUGUAGGACUCUCGUCACGGGCCGCGCGGGCCCCCCAUGGAGCUGCUAUGGUGGCUGGGUUGCAACAAGUGACGUGUGUGUGUGUGUAGGACUCUCGUCACGGGCCGCGCGGGCCCCCCAUGGAGCUGCUAUGGUGGCUGGGUUGCAACAAGUGACGUGUGUGUGUGUGUAGGACUCUCGUCACGGGCCGCGCGGGCCCCCCAUGGAGCUGCUAUGGUGGCUGGGUUGCAACAAGUGACGUGUGUGUGUGUAGGACUCUCGUCACGGGCCGCGCGGGCCCCCCAUGGAGCUGCUAUGGUGGCUGGGUUGCAACAAGUGACGUGUGUGUGUGUGUAGGACUCUCGUCACGGGCCGCGCGGGCCCCCCAUGGAGCUGCUAUGGUGGCUGGGUUGCAACAAGUGACGUGUGUGUGUGUGUAGGACUCUCGUCACGGGCCGCGCGGGCCCCCCAUGGAGCUGCUAUGGUGGCUGGGUUGCAACAAGUGACGUGUGUGUGUGUGUAGGACUCUCGUCACGGGCCGCGCGGGCCCCCCAUGGAGCUGCUAUGGUGGCUGGGUUGCAACAAGUGACGUGUGUGUGUGUGUAGGACUCUCGUCACGGGCCGCGCGGGCCCCCCAUGGAGCUGCUAUGGUGGCUGGGUUGCAACAAGUGACGUGUGUGUGUGUGUAGGACUCUCGUCACGGGCCGCGCGGGCCCCCCAUGGAGCUGCUAUGGUGGCUGGGUUGCAACAAGUGACGUGUGUGUGUGUGUAGGACUCUCGUCACGGGCCGCGCGGGCCCCCCAUGGAGCUGCUAUGGUGGCUGGGUUGCAACAAGUGACGUGUGUGUGUGUGUAGGACUCUCGUCACGGGCCGCGCGGGCCCCCCAUGGAGCUGCUAUGGUGGCUGGGUUGCAACAAGUGACGUGUGUGUGUGUGUAGGACUCUCGUCACGGGCCGCGCGGGCCCCCCAUGGAGCUGCUAUGGUGGCUGGGUUGCAACAAGUGACGUGUGUGUGUGUGUAGGACUCUCGUCACGGGCCGCGCGGGCCCCCCAUGGAGCUGCUAUGGUGGCUGGGUUGCAACAAGUGACGUGUGUGUGUGUGUAGGACUCUCGUCACGGGCCGCGCGGGCCCCCCAUGGAGCUGCUAUGGUGGCUCGGUUGCGGCGUGCUGGCCUCGCUGCUGCUGGCGCUAGUGUGUCGCUGCUGCUGCCGCAACAAGUCCCGCGGCCGCGUCAUCGCGCCGCCGGCGCGAGAGGGCGCGGGCGCGCCAUACCCGCAGCAACAGUACGCGGGCGCGGUGUACCCGCCGCACGACGCGCGCCACACAGCGCCGACAGUGACCGUGUACCCAGUGACGGGGGCAUACCCUGCGGCCACCCCCUACCCGCCGGCCGCGCCCUACCCCACGACUGCGCCCUACCCUACAGGGGCGCCCUACCCUACAGGGGCACCGUACCCCACAGGGGCUCCCUACCCCACGACGGCUCCUUACCCGACGGCAGCGGCACCUGCACCAGCCCCUUUUGCAUCACCAGCGCCCACGGCACCUGAUGUCACUGCUUUCUAUGGAGUGGCGCCGCCCGGCUGGAGCGCGCAAGCAUGUCCGCCGUCGUACGAGCAAGUGAUGGCGGACCACAAGCAGCCCCCCUACAACCCCCACGCGCCGCACUAGGACCCCCCCACUACAACACUACCAACCAAACAUUGUUUACAUAAUCUAUUCAUUACUAUAAUUAUCUGUAAGAAUAAUGUCCUCGACUGAGAUGAGAUUUAUAUAAAAUAUAAAUGUUAGCGAAGUGUACAAUACGAGAUGUUUAGUUAUAAGUAUACAAUGCAAUUCUCGACAAUUUCACUGUAAUAUAAUAUUUGCUACAGGCCGGUAGGGGGCGCCCGGUACAAGUACAAACUGCGCAGAUCUGUAUGAUAUUUUUAAAUUGAAUACAAUAGUUUUGAUUACACUAAUGGCGUAUUAUCAUAAUGUUUGUACCGGAGUCGCAGCGCGCAGUAUCAGCAAGAUAACAGCGCGUUAUCAGUGCGCGCUCAGUACGUGUGUCACCAGUACUUAUUACUUACUAUCGCGUCGCGCCGCAACUUGCAACACGUGGCGCGCUGCAACAUGCAACGCGCCACGUGUCGCCCCCGCCGCGCAGUACAUUGGUUGUUCUCCAAGUGCUCAGUUUUGAUUAGACCUACACACUCGCGCACACCGCGCUACGUGUAGCGUGCAACGUGUGGCGCGCAACGUGUGGCGCGCAACGUGUGGCAACGUACUUAACUAGUGAAUGAGUCGUUUGUAGUAGCUACAGUAAGAGUAAUGUUGUACGGUGACGUCACUUUAUGAAGUACAUAGAUAGACAUUAAUAUACCGCGUCGUCGAGCGGCGCGGCCGAGCGGCCAGCGGCCAGCGGCCAUGUGAUAUGUGGGAGCAGUACAGACUAGGCUACAUAGUGCGGAGUACAAUGUCUGUGUAAUAUGUUCUCUUCCCUGAUAACUAUUGUUUACCUUAGAUUGUAACGUUUCUCUUAUUUCCCAAAUAUAGGUACAUUGAGCUUUAUCUUGUAAAGUUUAAGGUGCAUUUUGUUAUGAAUAAGAUAUUUUGAAUUUAGUUAUGUAAGUGGUCACUAAGUGUAUUAUAAUUUUCUUACAAAAUAUAAUAAAUAUAUUGCGCAACGCAUGUCAGCGUA